UGAGCCAAAAUCUUUUUGGAACAACAGAGUAACCUUCUGUGAGAACCCCGAUGGGCUGCCUCUCCUCAACCCAGGUUUACCUAGGCGGGGCACUCGUCGGAGCAGCUGCGCCGGCGGGAGGCCUUAGCCUCAAGUCCAUAACCCCUUACUUUGGGGUAUGCUCCUCCUCCUACUCUCUGCAGUGCAGCUUCAAGGGACUGAGCGUGUUCGCUUUCUCCGGCCGGAACGAUCGCCGGACAGCGGUGGUCGUUGGAAGCGAUAGCGGCGAAGGGGAAAAGACUGCCGAGGGCCUACCCCUUGACGGAAUAUGGAAUGAUGCUAGUGAGAAGAAGAAGUUGGAUAUUAAACCCACAAGGAGACCAGAGCGUGAUUUUUCCGGAACCCCAUGCGUUCCAGUUUAUGUAAUGUUGCCUUUAGGUACCAUCAGUAUGAAGUGUGAGUUGGCAGAUGCAGAUGCGCUUCGGGAGCAGUUGAAGGUACUAAAAUCUGUCAAUGUUGAUGGUGUUAUGGUUGAUUGCUGGUGGGGAAUAGUGGAGGCCAAUGGCCCACAAAAAUACAAUUGGCAAGGUUACAAGCAGCUUUUUCAGAUGGUGCAAGAAAUAAGUCUUAAACUGCAGGUGGUCAUGUCUUUUCAUGAAUGUGGAGGAAAUGUGGGAGAUGAUGUGUACAUUCCUCUGCCUAUUUGGGUGUCUGAAAUUGGAAAGAAAAACCCAGAUAUUUAUUUCACUAAUAGGAAGGGACGGCGCAAUCCGGAGUGUCUUACAUGGGGGAUAGACAAGGAAAGAGUUCUUGGGGGCCGGACAGCAGUUGAGGUCUACUUUGACUUUAUGAGAAGCUUUCGUGUGGAAUUUGAUGAGUUCUUUGUGAGUGGCAUUUUUUCUGAGAUUGAAGUUGGACUAGGGCCUUGUGGGGAAUUACGCUUCCCAUCUUAUCCAGAAAAGCAUGGAUGGCGCUAUCCAGGCAUUGGCGAGUUCCAAUGUUAUGAUCAGUACUUAUUAAAAAGUUUAAGAAAGGCUGCAGAAGCAAGAGGUCACACUUCUUGGGCAAGAGGACCAGAUAACGCAGGUUCUUAUAAUUCCAGGCCACAUGAUACUGGAUUUUUUCGUGAUGGAGGAGACUAUGAUAGUUACUAUGGUAGAUUCUUCCUCAAGUGGUAUUCUCAGGUUUUGGUGGAACAUGGGGAUCAUGUGCUAUCUCUAGCUAAACUUGCCUUUGAAGGAACUUGUAUUGCAGCUAAGGUAUCAGGCAUCCAUUGGUGGUACAAGACUGCAAGUCAUGCAGCUGAAUUGACUGCUGGAUUUUAUAAUCCUUGCAACCGUGAUGGCUAUGCUCCAAUAGCUGCUAUGCUGAAAAAGCACGACGCAGCUUUGAACUUCACUUGUGUUGAGCUACGAACUUUAGAUCAAAAUGAGGAAUUUCCGGAGGCUUUGGCAGACCCUGAGGGUUUGGUCUGGCAGGUUUUAAAUGCUGCAUGGGAUGCAUGCAUACCAGUAGCCAGUGAAAAUGCCCUUCCCUGCUAUGACAGAGAUGGUUUUAACAAGAUAUUGGAGAAUGCCAAGCCACUCAAUGAUCCUGAUCGAAGGCAUUUGUCCACAUUUACCUACCUCAGGCUAAGUCUAGAUCUGAUGGAGAGACAAAACUUGUUAGAAUUUGCACAUUUCGUCAAGAGAAUGCAUGGUGAGGCAAUUUCUGAACUUCCUAUAGAGGCUGAAGAGAAGAUCUAGAAGAUGGACAUAUAUUAGUUUUAUGAGUGUUAGAAUUUUCCUCCUGAUGCAUAAUAUAGUUUAGAAGAUGGGAAAUUGUGCGACUUUCCCUCUUUCAAAUACAUUUUCUGGUGUGUUCUUAAUUUACCUCAUCAUCUAUCCUGUAAGCAGCUCACAAUCCUCAUAAACAUAUAAAACAUUCUUACUUUGGCUGAAAACUUCUUA